UGUCCCGCACCGCCAACCUGACAGGGGGAGGGAGGGAGCACCGUCCCAGCCUGCAGCCUCAGUGACAGAAUCCCACCUCUACAUGGAAAAGCAAUUCAGGCACCAGCUGUGUCAGUGCUGCCUUUAACAUUGGGAUAAUUCAGACGCCUGAGGAACGGUACAGCGACAAUUCCACCGCUGUUUCGGACCAACACAUUCUGGAAAUUAACAACCCCUGUUACAAAAUAUACAAAUAUAUAUAUUUACUCACAAACCCUCCAGCUCUUUUUUAAAAAAAAAGUUUUAAUAAUGGAACACUGCCUGUGAUGUUUGGGCAUUAAGAGCUUUAUGGAAAACCGUUUAAAGCUGGUGGGCACAGACUUUGUGGGCCUUAAGCGGUGGUGUUGAUGCACAGAGGCAAUAGGCUGAGGAUGGACUUAUUGUAUCUCCUGACCUUCACGAUGGUGUUUGGACACUGCAGCGGUGUAAGGGGCCCCCCGAGGAUUGCUAAGAAAGUGAUGAGCAGGCAGGCGGUCAAGCUUGGCCGCACGGUCAGGUUGGCCUGUCCUGUCGAGGGUGACCCUCCCCCGCUGACCAUGUGGAUCAAAGACGGCCGCACCAUCCACAGCGGCUGGACGAGGUUCCGAGUCCUUCAGCACGGUCUCAAAAUCAAGGAGGUGGAAAUGGAGGACGCGGGAGUGUAUGUCUGCAGAGCAACCAAUGGCUUUGGCAGCAUCCAUCUCAACUACACCCUCAUCAUCAUCAAUGACAGCAGCAGUAGCAGUGUGAGCAGUGGUCAGCCCCUUCCUGAGGGAUCGCAGUCAGACUUUGCAAGUGAAGAUACCCCUGGAAAGCAGCUGGUGAAGCCUCGGUUUACACAGCCCAGUAAGAUGAGGCAGCGGCUGAUAGCGCGGCCUGUUGGCAGCUCAGUCCGGCUGAAGUGCACGGCGAGCGGGAACCCCCGGCCCAACAUCGUGUGGUGGAAGGACGACCAGCAGCUGUCGGAGAACAAGAGGAACAGGUGGACCCUGAGCCUGAGGAACCUCAAACCCGAGAGCAGCGGGAAGUACACGUGCCACGUCUUCAACCCGGCCGGAGAGAUCAACGCCACCUACAAACUCGACGUGGUUGAGAGGACAAGAUCCAAGCCUGUUUUAACCGGCACUCAUCCAGUGAACACCACCGUCGAGUAUGGAGGUACGACGUCCUUCCAGUGUAAGGUGCGCAGCGAUGUGAAGCCUGUGGUCCAGUGGCUAAGACGCGUGGAGUAUGGGACUGAGAGCAAGUACAAUUCUACCAUCGAGGUCGGGGGUCAGAGGUUUGUGGUCCUGCCGGCCGGCGAUGUCUGGUUUCGCCCAGAUGGUUCUUACCUCAACAAGUUGCUAAUAGCACGGGCGACAGAAGACCACUCUGGCAUGUACAUCUGCCUGGGGGCCAACACCAUGGGCUACAGUUUCCGCAGUGCCUACCUCACUGUGCUCCCAGACCCCAAGAUCGAGAAGACAACCACCUCUUCGCGUGCGGCCAGUGGCUUACCGUGGCCAGUGAUCAUCGGAAUCCCAGCAGGCGCCAUCUUUAUCUCCGGCAUGAUCCUGCUCUGGUUUUGCCAGGCUCGGAGGCACGGCCCUGUGCCACCUCCACACCGGCACCAGAGGGACUGCAUGGUCCUGGACAAAGACUGUGUGCCCAUCAGCAGCCCAGAGUUCACCGUGGCCUCCCAGCCCCACCUGCUGGUCCAAGCUCCUGGCAUGGUGCCCGCUGUUACCCCCAAAAUGUACCCCAAGAUCUACACGGACUACCACACCCACACCCACGCACACACAGAGGGUAAAAUCCACCAGCAUCAGCACUUCCACUACCAGUGUUAGCUGUGAAGGUCUGGAUCUGGCAAGGGUGAGGGGGCACCAUGCCAACUGGUGACACUCUCAUGGAAGAACUCCAAGUGCAAAAUGAGAUGUUGGCUCCCGAACUCAUUGCCCGUGAGGUAUUUUUCUGUCUGAAAUGUGAACCCACAGCCCCGCUUUGAGAAGUCUGUUUUGGUGACCUCAAGCGACAGCUCCCUUGAGCGUCCAGCUCCUACAGAACACCUCCUUGGCUUCAGUGGGGGUAGGACAAGGACUGGAAUCAGCCGUAGUCUGAAGGACCCAACUGCCAAGAGAGAGGUGGCUGCUGCCAACGCCUGAACUAAACUAUCUCCAAGAGAUUCUGCCUUUGUUUGAUCUGUUUAUCUUGUUUCUCUGUGUUACUAAUCUCUCUAAAGUGAUGGGCUACCUGUCCACUCCUUAUUUUCUGCACAGUUCAGUUUUUAUUUGUUUAAAGUGAGGUGUCCAGAAAUGUCUAAGGCGGAUAAUGGGGCAGGUUUGGCUUUCUGACAUUUCCCAGCCAGGUGUUUGUCUCUCGAUUGGUUAGGAUCCCUUUGCUUUGAACGCAUUGAGGUUUAUUGAUGAGCCAUCAUGAUCAGCAAAGCAACAAAAGUGUAUUUGACUCAUCCUUCCCUCCCAGGCCUUGCCAUCCUCUGCUUUAGACUUGACUAGAGUAACAGCAUGAAGACACUGGACCCUAAUAUUUAAUGAUCACCCAGUGCAUGGGAGGUGAUGGCCAAGUAGUAUUAUUGCAAGACUAUUAAUCCAGAAAGCUCAGCUAAUAUUCUGGGGACCUGGGCUCAAAUCCCAUCAUGGUGGAAUUUGAAUUCUAAUGAAAACUCUGGAUUGAAGGGUUAAGUGAUAAACAUUGUUGAUUUGUGGAAAAACCCAUCUGGUUCACUAACAUUUUUUUAGGGAAGGGAAUCUGCCAUCCUGACCUGGCCUGGCCUACAUGUGACUCCAGACCCUCAGCAAUGUGGCUGACUUCCAAUUAGGGAUGGCGACUGAGAUGAAUUAAAGAAAGUGAUGCCUCUUCCCCAUGUUUUAGUGAAGCCACAUUUCUUGACAAUCUCUAGUCUCAAUCAGGAACGCAAAUUUAUAACAAACUAAAGCAAUUGUUCUUCUCUUCUGGACUGUUGGUUCCUGCUCCAGUUCCAGAUAAAGAAAUUGGGGUCAGCAAUUGGGGUUACAUAGAACAGUACAGCACAGAACAGGCCCUUCAGCCCAUGAUGUUGUGCCGACCACUGAUCCUCAUGAAUGCACCCUCAAAUUUCUGUGACCAUAUGCAUGUCCAGCAGUCUCUUAAAUGUCCCCAAUGACCUUACUUCCACAACUCAUCUCCCCUUCGUCCAAUCCAUCCUUUUUCAGGCAAAUAUCUGGACACCUCUGCACUGAGGUAUGCAAGUGCGUGACUGUAUAUCUGCUCAGCAGUAUGAGGUAAAAAGACAGCAAAAAAUAUGUACAAAGGAUAUAAUUGGAUGAUAUUUUCUCAUCAAAAUAUUUAUGAGAAGUCAAAUAAUUUUAUUAAUAA